UAUUUUAUAGGGCGAGACGAUAGGAAAGCUGACUGAAGCGAAGGAAUCUGGAAGGAAACGAAACCCUAUUCUCCUUCACGCGACUCCUCACCGUCGCCGUCCUCGCCAUCGUCUACCUUUCCGGCAGCGUGACUUUCCUCCUCCUCCCGCUUGCUGGUUCCUCCAUUGCAUCUUCUUCGCGGAACACCUCGCUCUCCGUAAGCAGAACUGCAGCAGAGUCCGCCUGUGACUGUGUAACCUCCAUGCCCCCGACCCCCUGGGGCCUGGACUCCGACGACGAUCCUCAGUUCACCUUGCCGGCGUGUCUUACUGUUUGAAGUCUGACCUCCAUCCACUAAGCUCUCCCGAGUCCCGAGCUUCGAAGGAUGAAACUGUAUUAGGUCCCUCUCACUCUCAUAUCAAUUCCAUACAACUAAACCCCCUGUUGCCUUAAUCAAAGAGAGGUUCUCAAUGAUCAGACUUUCAUUAUAAAACUCCUUUUCAGGCAGUAAGAUGCCAGAUUUACCAGCUAUAUUGCCCCUGCCUGCCCCUCCUGAAGAUGGCAACCUGGGGCCCCUUCCUCCUUCUCAAAUGCCAGAACCGCAGAAGGACGAGACACUGGAAAAUGGGAACAAGGAGAAAGCUAAUUCAGCUCCUGCUACUGUUGCAACCCACACGAGGACUAUCGGAAUAAUACAUCCUCCUCCCGACAUCAGAAAUAUUGUUGACAAAACAGCUCAGUUUGUUGCCAAAAAUGGACCUGAAUUUGAGAGGAGGAUCAUUCAGAGCAAUGCUGGGAACCCAAAGUUCAAUUUCUUGAACUCCUCUGAUCCCUACCAUGCCUAUUACCAGCAUAGAUUAUCUGAAUUUCGAGCGCAGAAUCAAGCUCCUGCCGAGCAGGCACCUCAACCUGCAGAUUCUGCUGCUUCAGAACCAACUCCGGCUGUACCAUUGGUGCCUGAUUCAGCCUCAUCAGACAUUGCAGCACAGUUCAUACCUUUACCUAAAGUCCUUGAGCCUCCUGAGUCAGAACAAUACACCGUUCGACUUCCUGAAGGGAUCACAGGGGAGGAGCUUGAUAUCAUAAAGCUCACUGCACAAUUUGUGGCAAGAAAUGGGAAAUCAUUCUUGACUGGAUUGACGAGCAGGGAAAUCAAUAACCCUCAGUUCCAUUUUCUGAAGCCUACACACAGCAUGUUCAUGUUUUUUACUGCACUUGCAGAUGCUUACUCAAAAGUUUUGAUGCCCCCAAAGGGCUUGACUGAGAAGCUCCGGAAAAGUGUUACUGAUAUGACGACUGUGCUUGAGCGGUGCUUGCAUAGGCUUGAAUGGGAAAAAUCACAGGAGCAGGCUAGGCAGCGCGCAGAGGAUGAGAUCGAGCAGGAGAGGAUGCAAAUGGCCAUGAUUGAUUGGCAUGAUUUUGUCGCUGUUGAGACGAUAGACUUUGUUGACGAUGAGGAUGAAGACUUACCUCCACCAAUGACACUCGAGGAGGUUAUCCGAAGAAGCAAGAUGACAAAUAUGGAAGAUGAGAUAAUCGAGCCUGGGAAGGAGGUCGAAAUGGAGAUGGAUGAGGAGGAGGUUCAGCUUGUUGAGGAGGGCAUGAGGGCAGCCAGCAUUGAAGAAAAUGAUGAUGAGAGGAAGAAUAAUGACCUGGAACCUCCUUUGAGGAUUGUCAAGAACUGGAAGAGACCUGAGGAGAGGAUACCUGCAGAGAGAGACCCUACGAGAUUUGUAGUUUCCCCCAUCACUGGAGAGUUGAUCCUCAUCAAUGAGAUGUCUGAACAUAUGAGAAUUUCUCUCAUUGAUCCAAAGUACAAGGAGCAAAAAGAGAGGAUGUUUGCAAAGAUUAGGGAGACGACACUUGCCCAGGAUGAUGAAAUAUCCAGAAACAUUGUUGGCCUAGCGAGGACCCGCCCUGAUAUUUUCGGUACAACAGAGGAAGAAGUUUCGAAUGCCGUCAAGGCUGAGAUUGAGAAGAAGAAAGAUGAGCAGCCAAAGCAGGUCAUAUGGGAUGGUCACACCGGAAGUAUUGGACGCACGGCGAAUCAAGCCUUAUCUCAGAAUGUUGGCACAGAGGAUCAGAAUGAUGCCACGAAUCAAGGCCUUCCAGGUCCUGCUGCUCCUCCACCAAGGCCCGUUUUACUGUCAGUCCGACCUCUUCCGCCACCUCCUGGACUUGCCUUGAACCUCCCUCGUGUACCUCCAAAUGCAGUCCAAUACUCUGCUGCAACCAGUGGUGGCCACCCAGUGCCCCCACCAAGGCCUCCUGGCAUGCCGAUGAUGCCUGGGGCUCGUCCGCCUCCGCCACUGAUGGCCAUGACUUCUUCUGGCCAGCCGACGAUCAUGGGGAAUCGGCCACUUCAGCAGAUGCCACCGCCUGUUGUAUCCGUUAAUCCUCCAGGAGGUAUUCCUGUACCUCCUCCUCCUGGUUCUCAGUUCACGCCAGUGUCAGUCCCUAGGCCACCUUUUGUUCCUGUCCCGAUCCCCCCAGCUGGCAUGCCAAUGAUGCCACCUCCUGGCCCCCCACCAUCUAUGGGAGUGCCUCCACCACCACCUCCUGAGGAGGCACCUCCACCGCUUCCUGAAGAGCCAGAGCCAAAGAGGCAGAAGCUUGACGAUUCACUGCUUGUUCCGGAAGAUCAGUUUCUGGCUCAGCAUCCGGGUCCAGCUCGAAUUAGCAUAUCGAUUCCCAAUACCGAUGAAGGAAACCUCAAAGGACAGGUUUUGGAGAUCACGGUGCAGUCUAUAUCAGAGACAGUGGGCAGUCUGAAAGAGAAGAUUGCUGGGGAGAUACAACUUCCAGCAAACAAGCAGAAAUUGAGUGGGAAGCCGGGUUUCCUCAAGGACAAUAUGUCCCUUGCUUAUUACAAUGUUGGGGACGGGGAAACACUUAAUCUCUCUUUAAGAGAGCGGGGUGGCAGAAAGAGAUGAGAGUGCUACUAAAGAUCCUUGUCGGGACUUUACGGGGAAUUGAUCGAGCAUUAACUUUCUAUCAUAUAUUUGUUUAUUUAUCCUUUUGAGAAAAAAAAGAAGAAGAAAUUUCCUACCUUUGGAGUGAUGUUAUAUCGAUGUUGUAUUUAGAAGAGAUUUUUAACUGGUGUUAGACAGUUGUCGCCUGUUGGUAACUUGGAAUUUGGAAUGGAAGCAGGUGAGUUGGGUUAUAGCAGGCUAUGCUUAACCUUUGUUUUGCCAAUGAUGUCAAGAGAUUGAAUGUUGAUGCCGUGUAAAUUCGUGGCUAA